GCAGGAGGAGGCUGGUUGAUAGCAGCUACAGUUAGAGGCGAACUGUCGCUGUUCAGGGACGACUAGUGACCGAAACUUCACUGCCAAGAUGUCAGACGACGAGCAAGAGCAGACCAUAGCCGAGGACCUGGUCGUCACCAAGUACAAGAUGGGUGGUGACAUCGCCAACCAGGCUCUUCGUCUGGUCGUGGAAACAGCCAAGCCCGGGGUGUCGGUGCUCAGCCUCUGUGAGAAGGGGGAUGCCUACAUCAUGGCUGAGACUGGAAAGGUCUUCAAGAAGGAAAAGGAAAUGAAGAAAGGCAUUGCCUUCCCCACCAGCGUCUCAGUCAAUAACUGUGUUUGCCACUUCUCUCCCCUGAAGAGUGACCCCGACAUCACACUUAAAGAUGGGGAUCUGGUCAAAAUAGAUCUAGGCGUUCAUGUUGACGGCUUCAUUGCUAAUGUUGCUCACAGCUUUGUGGUGGGAGCCAGUAAGGAGAACCCCGUCACAGGUCGGAAAGCCGAUGUAAUCAAAGCGGCCCAUCUGUGUGCAGAAGCAGCUCUUCGACUUGUUAAACCUGGCAACCAGAACGCUCAAGUGACAGAGGCCUGGAACAAGAUUGCACAGUCGUUCAAAUGCACACCAAUCGAGGGCAUGCUGUCUCACCAGCUAAAGCAACAUGUCAUAGAUGGAGAGAAGACCAUCAUUCAGAACCCAUCAGACCAGCAAAGGAAGGACCAUGAGAAGGCAGAGUUUGAGGUACAUGAGGUCUAUGCUGUGGAUGUCUUGAUUAGCACAGGAGAAGGAAAGGCUAGAGACGGAGGUCUGAGGACCACCAUUUAUAAGAGGGACCCCAGUAAGCAGUACGGCUUGAAGAUGAAAACUUCCCGUACGUUUUUCAGCGAAGUGGAACGCCGCUUUGAUGCCAUGCCCUUUACUCUGAGGGCAUUCGAGGACGAGGCCAAGGCCCGUCUGGGUGUGGUGGAGUGUGCCAAACAUGAAUUGCUACAGCCCUUCAGUGUGCUACAUGAGAAAGAGGGAGAGUGUGUAGCUCAGUUUAAGUUCACAGUGCUGCUGAUGGCCAAUGGGCCUCACAGAAUCACUAACGGACCUUUCGAUCCAGAGCUCUACAAGUCAGAGCAUGAGGUUCAGGAUGCAGAGCUAAAGACUUUACUACUGAGCUCUGCAAGCCGUAAAACACAGAAGAAAAAGAAAAAGAAGGCCUCAAAGACAGCAGAAAAUGCAGCUGGACAGCCGACUGAGGACACAGAAGCCGUAGAAUAAAUAAAUACUGCCUUUCUACACAUGCAAGACCCCAAAGAGAAGAAGAGAACAAGACAAAUUGCCCCAAACUCUGUCUAUUAUACACUUAAUAGAGUUGAUUUCACCGAUUAAAUUGAAGAAUUCACAAGAACUUUGGAAUCAGUUGAAUAUUUAAAGAUCCUGCAUGGAUUCUUAACCCUUUACUACAUUCAUUGAAAGUACCAUGGAAAGAGUGUUGCGCUUUCUUCCCUAACUUGAGGAGGAAAUCUACAAUAUUUCCAAAUAGAUUUGUCUUUGAAAAGGCUUGUUGCUAAUUGUGUGACUGGUGCCUGUGUUUGUUUUUUUGUUUUUUUUUAAACCUUUAUAAAAACCUUUUGGUCUACUUCAUGCUUGUUAUUCUGCAGCUGAAAUUUUCCUUUUUAAGUUAAACAGCUUACAGCGGGCAUCAACGAGAGUGGCUCAGACUGUAGUUUUGACAUCCAGCUGUGGGUGAAGGAUUAUUGAAUGAUGCCAACAGAAACUUGGAUCAUAUUCUCAGUUUCUUUCUCUAAGGCGUUGUGUACCUGAGGCCAACAUGGAUCCUCGUAUUGCUUAAAUGGGAUUGUUUGACCCACUUGUCACAUGUUGUUUUCCUUUGACAGCGAAGUUAUAACAACUUAUCUAAACUUGUUUAUAGUAAAAAGGAAUAUCUAGAUAUUUUACUGGAAGGUUUACAAGCACUUUGUCUCCUCUUACAUGUGAGUCGCAAGGGAUGACGAUGAGUUUAGUCAUCCAGUGCAUUUAAAGAGCUGAGACCUUUUUUAGCAUUUAAAAACAUUUUUUUCUUAACUACGCCAUGCAGUAAAGAAUACAAUUCGUCUCACUCAUGAAGUGACUAAAAAAUGUCACUGAAUGACUGUAAUUACAGGGAGGGUAAUAAAAUAGAUGGCUUUGCGUCAGAUUUAAUGUAGUGAGACUUUAUGGUUACUCUUCUAUCAUCAAGGCCUGACCACAAUUUUGGCUGAAACAAAAAUGUUUUAACACUAGAUAAUUUUUAAAGUAAUAACCCGAGCAGAAGACUGGAAUAUAUUGAAGUACACAAGCAAAGAAACCCACUUCAUCAAGUCAAUCAGUCUGCUACAUUUACUGCCGUUCCCCCUUGAAUAAAAAUCGAUACGUUCCAAUUUUGAAUAACUUUUCUAUUGGUGACACCUGUUACUUGCUUUUACUACUUCAUUAGUCUUGUGAAGCAUGAAAACUAGAAGCUGGCCAAGCUUUUAAAAAAGGUUUUCUGGGUGUCUUAGGUGGAGUUUGACCAGUAAGGGAUCUUUUCAGGUCAGAGUUUCAUGUCCAGCUCUGGCACAGUGUUUGGUCAGAUUUGUCAACAGUUGAAUAUGAUGGUGAAAUUCUUCUUUGUAGCUCUGUCAGUGGGCAACAGAACUUUACAUCAAAUGAAAUAAAAACAUUUUCAUACA